GUCACUGGCCACUUUUUUCCAAUACGUGGCAUAGGCACGAACAACUUCCACGUUCGCCGCCAUUUUGACAUCGAGCGAAUUGUAUAGAAUCUACUGAUUUAAAGCUUUUUUUCUUGAUUGUGUUGAAAUUGGCAUCAGAAAAUACUAAUCGCAAAGCUUCAAAAUGGGGAAUAUGUUCGCGAAUUUAUUUAAAGGCCUAUUUGGCAAAAAGGAAAUGAGAAUACUGAUGGUUGGUUUGGAUGCUGCUGGUAAAACCACAAUCCUAUACAAACUCAAAUUAGGCGAAAUUGUUACGACUAUCCCCACGAUUGGAUUCAAUGUGGAGACUGUAGAAUACAAAAACAUCAGUUUCACCGUGUGGGAUGUCGGCGGUCAAGACAAAAUUAGGCCACUGUGGAGGCAUUACUUUCAGAACACACAGGGUCUCAUCUUUGUAGUAGACAGUAAUGAUCGAGAGCGUAUUGGUGAAGCGCGCGAGGAGCUCAUGCGAAUGUUAAGUGAAGACGAACUACGGGAUGCUGUACUUUUGAUCUUUGCAAACAAACAGGAUCUGCCAAACGCAAUGAACGCAGCUGAGAUAACAGACAAGCUGGGCCUGCACUCGUUGCGCAACCGCAACUGGUACAUCCAGGCGACGUGCGCCACCUCCGGGGACGGGCUGUACGAGGGCCUGGACUGGCUCUCCAACCAACUUAAGAACGCCAACCGCUAACCGCAUGUGCGCCACCAACUCACAGACAAAUCUGAUUACUGAAAGAGACUAUGGUUUAAGAUAUGUUAACUUUAUUUGCUAUUGAAUAUUGAAUACAAUGUAUUAUGUGAGUUAACCUGCGAAUGCAUUACUGAUAUGCGUCACCCGGUGACCGAUCGAGCAUCGCAUUCACUCCGAACCACUCGAGUUCAUACAACAUUUAAAAAUAAUUUUGGAAUAUGGUGGUAAGUGUACAAAUAAACCAUGCUACUUGUGGUAUUAGGGUCCACGUAAUUAGAAUGCGCUGUUUGAUCGAUCCCUGUCGACGAUGAACAAAAAAAAAUAGUGUGUAAAGACGAUACAAAAUUAUUGCAGAUUUGUUUUCAAUAUAAAUAUACGAAGGAGCAAAACGGUGGUACCUAGACUCGCUGAAUGAUCGUGCAUUGUGAUGUGGAUAGGUUUGUAGCUGACUCGUGAUAAAGUGAAUCACAUCAUAACAUGUUUUAUAUGUAUACUAUGUGGAAUAAGUUGUCGCAAUAAAGUAUUUAAAGUUAAUUCACAA